GCCGGCGCCACUCAGUACAUUCUCAACCGGCGACGGAGACACGCGCUGACACAAUUUAAAUAAAUUACGAUAACAAAAAAAAAAUAUAUUGAAUGUGGUUUGUGUGCUGAGGACAACCUUGUGUUUAUAUUCACAAUUAGUUACCGGCGCGUACGCUAAAAGUCGGCGUUAGUUGGUGGAGGUGCUAACUGUGUGAUUAAGUACUGUUUUCCCUCAAAGUGCAUUUCGGUAGACAUCAUGGUACAAAGAGUAGCUACAGACGAGCGGCCUUUCGAGACCCCAUCUUCCGAUGAGAGCGGCUUGGGGAGAGACUCGCCUACUGAUGACUCUGAGCCUGAAGCUGCCUUGGUCGUCCCUCCCGAUGGAGGCUGGGGCUGGGUGGUUGUGGCUGCUUCUUUCCUUUGCAACUUCAUCGUCGAUGGUAUACUUUUCUGCGGUGGAUCGUUCCAGAAACCCAUUCAGAAUGAAUUUAACGUGACUGGGGGAGUAGUGGCACCAGUCUUCUCAUUACUACAGGGAUUUUAUCUUAUCGCUGGUCCGUUUGCUUCUGCCUUAGCAAAUAAGUAUGGUUUUCGAGUUGUGACGAUUUUGGGGAGUAUGAUAACGGCUAGUGCGUUUACGUUGUCAUAUUUUGCGACCAGCGUUGAGUAUUUGUACCUAAUCUAUGGAGUAAUGGGAGGUAUUGGUUUCUGUAUGAUAUACAUGCCGGCCGUGUUGACUGUCGGUUUCUACUUCGAGAGAUGGCGCGCUUUAGCCACAGGCUUGGCGCUUUGUGGCUCCGGAGUUGGUACCUUUGUGUUCGCACCGUUGACCGACUCUCUUAUCGAGAACUAUGGUUGGAGAAUUGCCGUUGCGAUAAAUGGAGCGUUCCUUCUCAUCUGUCUGGUUUGCGGUCUCGCAUUCAGACCCAUACAACCUGUCAGGGUGACUUUAGCUGACCAAAGAGAAGAAGAUGAUACCUCGCGGCGACACGAGGAAGCUGUCGAGAAACUUAACUCCAUGCUAAAACUCCACAACAAACUGGACUCAGGAAUCUCAAUGCCCCCAGAAAUGAGAUUCACCAACCGAGUCAGCCCUCACACGUGGAUGGGAGUCGCCAAUAACACUAGGUACCCGACCGCCGAAGAAGUCUUUCGGGGAAGCAACUCACAUCUCAGCAGAAGGUCGUCCGCAACGGCCGGCACGAUCAAACAUAAUUGUAAGCCACUCUUUAUCGCCAGUUCGGUAGCCGAGAAAGACGAACAGGAGGACUCUAACAGCAACGUCGACAAUGCUGAGCCACUGAUUGCUAAUUCUGUUAAAAUUGUCACGCGGGAGGCUCGGCCUCGUCGCUCCCAUCUCGAUUUGGUCGCACGCCCUCUGUAUCGAGACGACAUCUUUUUCGGGGGCAGUCUCGCAAGGCUGCCUCAAUACACGUCUAGAACGUCGCUCGGGUACCACUUGGCCGUGACGCACGUCCCCACAAAGGAGGAAACACAAGAGGAGCAGUCUGGAAAAUGUCAACUCUGUCCGGAGGCAGUGCGACGAGCGCUCGCUACGAUGCUGGACGUGAGCUUGUUCCGGUCGCUGACGUUUAACAUACUGGCGAUAAGCGGAUUCUUCACUAUGUUGGGAUUCUUCGUGCCUUACACAUACGUAGCACAGAGGGCAGAAGACAACGGUUGGACAAAAUCGAAGAGCGUGUGGCUGAUAUCGACGAUCGGCAUCACAAACAUCCUCGGACGUAUUGGAUGUGGGCUGGUUUCCUCUAUGCCGAAAGUGUCUCCUCUGUGGUUGAACAAUAUCGCUCUUACUGCUGGGGGCGUGGCUACGAUGAUGAGUGGACUAUACUUCAAUGAGAUCUUUCAAUUCGGAUACUGCGCCAUCUUUGGGCUAGCUGUCGCUUGUUUCGCAUCCCUUCGUUCAAUCUUGGUGGUGGAGUACAUAGGUCUAGAGCAGUUGACCAACUGCUUCGGUUUGUUCCUGCUCUUCCAGGGACUCGGAGCUGUGUUAGGUGUUCCCAUAGCAGGUGCUUUAAUGGACCUAACACAUAGCUACACCAUAUCAUUCUGUGUGUCUGGUGGUUUCUUAAUCUUUUCUGCCGUAAUGUGUUACCCAGUGGACUACAUCAGUCGGUGGGAGAAAACUAGGAGCAAAUUGUCCACCCCAAAAGUCUGAAAUAUGAGAAAUCGAGUUGUGAUUCUAACACACCAGGUUUCUGGUUGAAAUUUUAGUCCGUUUUAGGACGUAAAUGAAAGAUGCGAAAAGGUUCUCCAAAUAUAAAAAUUCACAUGUUUCAUAGUAAUAGAUUAUUGAUACUCUAUAGUCAAAGCAUAUUUAUAAAAAUAUAGGCUCUAUAACUUUAUAUACACAAUGUAAUGAUAAUAUAAAUAAAACAUACUUAGAAAUAAUAUAAUCCCAGAACAAAAGAAAGAGUGAAAGACACCAUUUCGUAAUACUUCUUUCAUGUUAGGUGAACACUGCCUCUCCGCGGUUUAUUCUUUAAGUGGCCAUUGACGAAUCAAAUCCUUCCAUGAACCUAUUUUAUAUCUACCUAUAUUAAUGUUAGUACUUAUAAUGCGCCGGUCGUGCAUAGUUAAUAGAAUGCUUCAGUUCAGAAAUUCACAGCUGUCAAUACCAUCUGAUAUUUACACGUUCAUGGCAUUUUCCUUAACGGCCAAAUCUUAGCCAAAUCGGGAAAAAGAAAGUCUCAUUCUGCAACUCGUUUAUAGUCAACAGCCAAAUUAUUUUUAAGAAAUAGGAACUCUAGUUUUGUACUUAAACGAACAUCACUUAGAGAUUAAUUUUUAUUGGAAUAUACGAAUAGUAGAGUUGAGUGACACAUUGAAGCCCAAAAAUUGUGAUGGUAGAGUUUGUGCAUUUAAAUUAGUUAAGUAUAUAGUUUAGUUUUAAAAGUACAAAGCGGGAAUAUAUUUAUGACGUGCAAUAUAUCUAUUUGAGUCACGUCAAUAAAUAUUCAACGUGGAAAUUGAAAUAAUCAUAAAUGCUUUAUGAAUUUUGGAGAAUAAUCUUGUCAGGUUAGGGAAAUUGAAACCGAAUUUGAAGUGUCUUACUAAUUAAAAUAAUAAUUGCUAAAGAUGUGAAUGAAUAGAAAGUAGGUAGGUACCUAGUUUUAUACAAAUUUCGCGUUUGCUACGCGCAAUGUUUAAAGUUCUUGAUGUGAAUAUAAAUGAGUUUUGAAUUAUAUACCUUUAUGAACCUUAAACCAAUUUAUCAUUAGAUUAGGGUGUAAUGUUUAAAAUGAGUGAUUAUAAAUUAUAUUUUAAAUGUAUGUGCCUUAUUGUAAGUUGUUAUGACGUAGACUGUUAUCUUUUAUUGAAGAUAAUUUAUAUUUUGUCUACAUGCAGGAUUAUUCUUACUUUUAUUAUGCCUAUUGUACACGUUUCCUUUAUAAUUGAUUAAUUAUGUUUUUAUAGAACAAGCUAAUCAAUAGCAGUAUAUAACACAUAAUAUAAUUAUAUCAUUAUGUUAAUAAAAUGCAAUGUAAUUUGUAAAUUUUUAUUCAUUCCUGUCAUUUCUCCAUAAAUCUUUUGUAUGCUUAGUAGGUAAUUGCUUGGUAUAAAUAUACAAGGCAUUGAUUAUUAUUACUUUGUUGUUUGCAGAACACAAUAAUAACUGAUAUUAAGAUGACUGUGGCUGUGGUUUGUAGAAAUAAAUAUGUAAAAUUAUAGUCAUAUUAUGCUUCUUAUUAUUGUUUAAGAAUUUCACAAAUUCAGCAUUACAGAAAUUGUGAUAUUGGGUUAUUAUUAAAAUAUAUUAUUCAAUUAUUAUUCCUUUAAAUACACUUGUCCGAUUCAAAGAGUAAAAAAGUAAGAAACUUCAUAAAGUAGGUGACUACUUCAACAAUUUUUCCUUUUAUAAAUUUAGUUUGUGCCUUAGUAUUUUCUAUAAAUAUAUAUAUAAUAUAAAAAAUUCAACUAUUGUGACUAUAAUUUUACUUCAACUUAAACAGAAAACCACACAGUGCUAUAAGUUAAAAUUCGGUAACAUUUUCCCACAUUACUUUAGAUUUAGUUAACAGUAUAUCCAAUAAACUUGUUGUUAUUA